GUCAGGGCCAGCUGAUAGGUCUAGAGCUGGUGUGUAUCUGUCUCCAGGUUCAGGGCCAGCUGAUAGGUCUAGAGCUGGUGUGUAUCUGUCUCCAGGUCAGCCAGCUGAUAGGUCUAGAGCUGGUGUGUAUCUGUCUCCAGAGCUGGUGUGUAUCUGUCUCCAGGUCAGGGCCAGCUGAUAGGUCUAGAGCUGGUGUGUAUCUGUCUCCAGGUCAGGGCCAGCUGAUAGGUCUGGAGCUGGUGUGUGUGUCUGGGGAAGAAGAGGUCCCUGCUCUCGGAGAACUCUGUGACGUCACAGCUGAACACUAUGUCCGCUUCCCCCCUGCCAACCCUCACUCCGUCCAACAGAAGACCCUCACCAUCAGAAACAACACUCACUUGGAGCUGGCAUUCCAUUGGCAGAUCAUGCAGCCCAACUUGCAGCUCCUCCUCCCUGGGGAGAUCCCUGACCCCGCCCACAUCCAGUACCACUUGGCCAAUGACGACGUGUUCCACGUCAGCCCCGCCUCCGGCCUGCUAACCCCCCUACAGGACCAUGAGUUCCUCCUUACAUACCAGCCCCAGCAGGGUCCGCAGGUGUCUGUGAGUGUUCCCAGUCUCGACCUGGGUCUAAUGCAGCUAGGAGACCAGACCCAGGUCACCAUGGUCCUCACCAACACCACUCAGCUAGAGGCCCUCUGGAGCCUGGGGCCUGGGAAGGCAGAGAGGAGUCUGGGGAGUCUGGAGUCUGGGAAGGCAGAGAGGACAGACAGUCUGGAGUCUGUGGAGGCAGAGAGGACAGACAGUCUGGAGUCUGGGGAGGCAGAGAGGACAGACAGUCUGGAGUCUGGGGAGGCAGAGAGUACAGACAGCCACCACACACAGAUCACAGUGCAGCCGUGUAAGGGAGUGCUGCCCCCUCUGGCCUCCUGCAGUGUAGACAUCCUCUUCAGACCCCUGUUCUGUCAACACCUUGACACCGUGCUUGAGCUGGCUGUGGAGAAUGGCCAAGGAUGCUCUAUGUCGGAGUUCCUGCCCUGGGUCCAUCACCUGAUCAACAGACCUGCUGCCUGCUCACUACACCUGGACCAAG